GACGUCAAUCUCUAUCUCUUUCUCUACUGAAUCUGAUAAAGGGAACACCUCUGGACUAGUUUUCACUUCCUUGGAUAACAUCUAUAAGCCCCCUUGUUGAUGCGUUUGUUUUCCAGUUAGUAAUUGCAUUUUUGAUUUGUUGAAGCUUCUUCAAUGGCGGACAAGAACAUUCUCUUCCUUCUCCUCAUACCAUUGCCUUUUAUUUUAAUCUUUGCCAUCCUAGUCUUCAUUGUUCGCCCGAGGUCCGUGAAGAUCCCAAUUAAGGGUCGCCAUGUCUUCAUUACUGGUGGGUCGAGUGGCAUUGGUCUUGCCCUAGCACAACAGGCUGCUUCAGAGGGUGCUCGAGUUUCAAUUCUUGCUCGUAACCUGGACAAGCUUGAAGAAGCUCGGAACUCCAUCCGCCUCUCCACUGGCAUUGAUGUUUCCAUCUUCAGUGCUGAUGUUCGAGACUACGAAGCUGUUCGGAAAGCAAUUGAUGAUGCAGGCCCCAUUGAUAUACUUAUUUGCAAUCAAGGAGUUUUUACUCCAGAAGAAUUGGAGACGCAGGAUUUGGAGGUUAUUAAGUUCAUGAUCGAUGUGAAUCUAACGGGUACUUUCCAUCUGAUCAAAGCUGCACUUCCUGGGAUGAAGAGUAGAGGUGACCGUCUACCUGCUUCGAUCGCUCUCAUGUCUUCGCAGGCUGGUCAGGUGGGCAUCUAUGGUUACACUGCUUAUUCAGCUAGUAAAUUUGGCCUUAGAGGGUUGGGAGAGGCAUUGCAGCAGGAGGUCAUUGCAGAUAACAUCCAUGUGUCCCUUAUAUUCCCUCCUGACACUGAAACGCCAGGUUUUAUUGAAGAAAACAAGGUAAGGCCACAGCUCACCAGUAUCAUUGCUGCUUCUUCUGGUGCAAUGAAGGCUGAUGAAGUUGCCAAGAGAACAUUAAAUGGCAUAAAAUCUGGAACAUUUAUUGUACAUUGCAACUUAGAAGGGUUCAUACUGUCUAUAGCAACCUCUGGUUUAUCACCCCAGAGAUCACCCGUAAUUGCCUUUGUUGAGGUAGUUGCUGCUGGUAUUUUACGUAUUGUAGCUCUAGCUAUCCAGUGGAAUUGGUAUGGAAGUAUAGAGAGGUGGCAUGCCCAGAAGAACAGCAACUGCUCUACAAAAUAAGUCUCUCUUAAAAGGGUACCAACAUUCCCUUUUGGUUUGAGUUUUAUUUUUUUUUCCUGUUUCUCCUUUUCUUGAUGUUCAUGGAUAUUG